AUGAACCACCUCCUCAUCAACGUGAGGAAGACCAAGGAGAUGAACCACCUCCUCAUCAACGUGAGGAAGACCAAGGAGAUGAACCACCUCCUCAUCAACGUGAGGAAGACCAAGGAGAUGAACCACCUCCUCAUCAACGCAGGGAAGACCAAGGAGAUGAACCACCUCCUCAUCAACGUGAGGAAGACCAAGGAGAUGAACCACCUCCUCAUCAACGUGAGGAAGACCAAGGAGAUGAACCACCUCCUCAUCAACGUGAGGAAGACCAAGGAGAUGAACCACCUCCUCAUCAACGUGAGGAAGACCAAGGAGAUGAACCACCUCCUCAUCAACGUGAGGAAGACCAAGGAGAUGAACUACCUCCUCAUCAACGUGAGGAAGACCAAGGAGAUGAACUACCUCCUCAUCAACGUGAGGAAGACCAAGGAGAUGAACCACCUCCUCAUCAACGCGAGGAAGACCACGGAGAUGAACCACCUCCUCAUCAACGUGAGGAAGACCAAGGAGAUGAACCACCUCCUCAUCAACGCGGGGAAGACCAAGGAGAUGAACCACCUCCUCAUCAACGUGAGGAAGACCAAGGAGAUGAACCACCUCCUCAUCAACGUGAGGAAGACCAAGGAGAGAACUACCUCCUCAUCAACACCAGGAGGAGACAGACCAGACAGCCAGGAGGAGACAGACCAGGAGGAGACAGACCAGGAGGAGACAGACCAGGAGGAGACAGACCAGGAGGAGACAGACCAGGAGGAGACAGACCAGGAGGAGACAGACCAGGAGGAGACAGACCAGGAGGAGACAGACCAGAGAGACAGACCAGGAGGAGACAGACCAGGAGGAGACAGACCAGGAGGAGACAGACCAGGAGGAGACAGACCAGGAGGAGACAGACCAGGAGGAGGAGACAGACCAGGAGGAGACAGACCAGGAGGAGACAGACCAGGAGGAGGAGACAGACCAGGAGGAGACAGACCAGGAGGAGACAGACCAGGAGGAGACAGACCAGAGGAGACAGACCAGGAGGAGACAGACCAGGAGGAGACAGACCAGGAGGAGGGACAGACCAGGAGGAGACAGACCAGGAGGAGACAGACCAGGAGGAGACAGACCAGGAGGAGACAGGCCAGGAGGAGACAGACCAGGAGGAGACAGGCCAGGAGGAGACAGGCCAGGAGGAGACAGACCAGGAGGAGACAGACCAGGAGGAGACAGACCAGGAGGAGACAGACCAGGAGGAGACAGACCAGGAGGAGACAGACCAGGAGGAGACAGACCAGGAGGAGACAGGCCAGGAGGAGACAGACCAGGAGGAGACAGGCCAGGAGGAGACAGACCAGGAGGAGACAGACCAGGAGGAGACAGACCAGGAGGAGACAGACCAGGAGGAGACAGACCAGGAGGAGACAGGACCAGGAGGAGACAGACCAGGAGGAGACAGGCCAUGAGGAGACAGACCAGGAGGAGACAGACCAGGAGGAGACAGACCAGGAGGAGACAGACCAGGAGGAGACAGACCAGGAGGAGACAGACCAGGAGGAGACAGGCCAGGAGGAGACAGACCAGGAGGAGACAGACCAGGAGGAGACAGACCAGGAGGAGACAGACCAGGAGGAGACAGGCCAUGAGGAGACAGACCAGGAGGAGACAGACCAGGAGGAGACAGACCAGGAGGAGACAGACCAGGAGGAGACAGGCCAGGAGGAGACAGACCAGGAGGAGACAGGCCAUGAGGAGACAGACCAGGAGGAGACAGACCAGGAGGAGACAGGCCAUGAGGAGACAGACAGAGACCAGGAGGAGACAGACCAGGAGGAGACAGACCAGGAGGAGACAGACCAGGAGGAGACAGACCAGGAGGAGACAGACCAGGAGGAGACAGACCAGGAGGAGACAGACCAGGAGGAGACAGGCCAUGAGGAGACAGACCAGGAGGAGACAGACCAGGAGGAGACAGGCCAUGAGGAGACAGACCAGGAGGAGACAGACCAGGAGGAGACAGACCAGGAGGAGACAGACCAGGAGGAGACAGACCAGGAGGAGACAGACCAGGAGGAGACAGGCCAGGAGGAGACAGACCAGGAGGAGACAGGCCAUGAGGAGACAGACCAGGAGGAGACAGACCAGGAGGAGACAGACCAGGAGGAGACAGACCAGGAGGAGACAGACCAGGAGGAGACAGACCAGGAGGAGACAGGCCAGGAGGAGACAGACCAGGAGGAGACAGGCCAUGAGGAGACAGACCAGGAGGAGACAGACCAGGAGGAGACAGACCAGGAGGAGACAGACCAGGAGGAGACAGGCCAGGAGGAGACAGACCAGGAGGAGACAGGCCAUGAGGAGACAGACCAGGAGGAGACAGACCAGGAGGAGACAGACCAGGAGGAGACAGACCAGGAGGAGACAGACCAGGAGGAGACAGACCAUGAGGAGACAGACCAGGAGGAGACAGGCCAUGAGGAGACAGACCAGGAGGAGACAGACCAGGAGGAGACAGACCAGGAGGAGACAGACCAGGAGGAGACAGACCAGGAGGAGACAGACCAGGAGGAGACAGACCAUGAGGAGACAGACCAGGAGGAGACAGACCAGGAGGAGACAGACCAGGAGGAGACAGGCCAUGAGGAGACAGACCAGGAGGAGACAGACCAGGAGGAGACAGACCAGGAGGAGACAGACCAGGAGGAGACAGACCAGGAGGAGACAGACCAGGAGGAGACAGGCCAGGAGGAGACAGACCAGGAGGAGACAGGCCAUGAGGAGACAGACCAGGAGGAGACAGACCAGGAGGAGACAGACCAGGAGGAGACAGACCAGGAGGAGACAGACCAGGAGGAGACAGACCAGGAGGAGACAGGCCAGGAGGAGACAGACCAGGAGGAGACAGACCAGGAGGAGACAGACCAGGAGGAGACAGACCAGGAGGAGACAGGCCAUGAGGAGACAGACCAGGAGGAGACAGACCAGGAGGAGACAGACCAGGAGGAGACAGGCCAGGAGGAGACAGACCAGGAGGAGACAGGCCAUGAGGAGACAGACCAGGAGGAGACAGACCAGGAGGAGACAGGCCAUGAGGAGACAGACCAGGAGGAGACAGACCAGGAGGAGACAGACCAGGAGGAGACAGACCAGGAGGAGACAGACCAGGAGGAGACAGACCAGGAGGAGACAGACCAGGAGGAGACAGGCCAUGAGGAGACAGACCAGGAGGAGACAGACCAGGAGGAGACAGACCAGGAGGAGACAGGCCAUGAGGAGACAGACCAGGAGGAGACAGACCAGGAGGAGACAGGCCAUGAGGAGACAGACCAGGAGGAGACAGACCAGGAGGAGACAGACCAGGAGGAGACAGACCAGGAGGAGACAGACCAGGAGGAGACAGGCCAGGAGGAGACAGACCAGGAGGAGACAGGCCAUGAGGAGACAGACCAGGAGGAGACAGACCAGGAGGAGACAGACCAGGAGGAGACAGACCAGGAGGAGACAGACCAGGAGGAGACAGACCAGGAGGAGACAGACCAGGAGGAGACAGGCCAGGAGGAGACAGACCAGGAGGAGACAGGCCAUGAGGAGACAGACCAGGAGGAGACAGACCAGGAGGAGACAGACCAGGAGGAGACAGACCAGGAGGAGACAGGCCAGGAGGAGACAGACCAGGAGGAGACAGGCCAUGAGGAGACAGACCAGGAGGAGACAGACCAGGAGGAGACAGACCAGGAGGAGACAGACCAGGAGGAGACAGACCAUGAGGAGACAGACCAGGAGGAGACAGGCCAUGAGGAGACAGACCAGGAGGAGACAGACCAGGAGGAGACAGACCAGGAGGAGACAGACCAGGAGGAGACAGACCAGGAGGAGACAGACCAGGAGGAGACAGACCAUGAGGAGACAGACCAGGAGGAGACAGACCAGGAGGAGACAGACCAGGAGGAGACAGGCCAUGAGGAGACAGACCAGGAGGAGACAGACCAGGAGGAGACAGACCAGGAGGAGACAGACCAGGAGGAGACAGACCAGGAGGAGACAGACCAGGAGGAGACAGGCCAGGAGGAGACAGACCAGGAGGAGACAGGCCAUGAGGAGACAGACCAGGAGGAGACAGACCAGGAGGAGACAGGCCAUGAGGAGACAGACCAGGAGGAGACAGACCAGGAGGAGACAGACCAGGAGGAGACAGACCAGGAGGAGACAGACCAGGAGGAGACAGACCAGGAGGAGACAGACCAUGAGGAGACAGACCAGGAGGAGACAGACCAGGAGGAGACAGACCAGGAGGAGACAGGCCAUGAGGAGACAGACCAGGAGGAGACAGACCAGGAGGAGACAGACCAGGAGGAGACAGACCAGGAGGAGACAGACCAGGAGGAGACAGACCAGGAGGAGACAGGCCAGGAGGAGACAGACCAGGAGGAGACAGGCCAUGAGGAGACAGACCAGGAGGAGACAGACCAGGAGGAGACAGACCAGGAGGAGACAGGCCAGGAGGAGACAGACCAGGAGGAGACAGACCAGGAGGAGACAGACCAGGAGGAGACAGACCAGGAGGAGACAGACCAGGAGGAGACAGGCCAGGAGGAGACAGACCAGGAGGAGACAGACCAGGAGGAGACAGGCCAUGAGGAGACAGACCAGGAGGAGACAGACCAGGAGGAGACAGACCAGGAGGAGACAGACCAGGAGGAGACAGGCCAGGAGGAGACAGACCAGGAGGAGACAGGCCAUGAGGAGACAGACCAGGAGGAGACAGACCAGGAGGAGACAGACCAGGAGGAGACAGACCAGGAGGAGACAGACCAGGAGGAGACAGACCAGGAGGAGACAGACCAGGAGGAGACAGGCCAUGAGGAGACAGACCAGGAGGAGACAGACCAGGAGGAGACAGACCAGGAGGAGACAGACCAGGAGGAGACAGACCAGGAGGAGACAGACCAGGAGGAGACAGACCAGGAGGAGACAGACCAGGAGGAGACAGACCAGGAGCGUCCUCUCUGA